UUUUUUUUUUCUAUAAGCCCCGCGCCCAAAGUCCCAAGAAUCCACUCCGGUUUCCGAACUCCCCUGCCCCUACUUAGGUACCUACUCUGGCGCAUCUUCACGGUAGUUUGCUCCGUCUCUUUCUAUUUGCGUCGAGGCUGAGUAUCAUCGAUAUUCGCUUGCUUACUUUAACAUACACGUAUAUCCAUACAUCCAUACACACUUAUCGGCUACCCCUUCUUACCCUCUUCGUCUUAUUCGUUCGUUCAUUCGUCCCAAUACGUUCACCCUUAUCUAAAGCUACAUUGCUGCAUACGAAUCUCAAGGUUCGCUCCUAUGACGGCCGCCGAGCUUGAAAAAGCCCAAAAGCUCGGCAGGCCUAACUUUACAGGCCUGCGUGCCGUUUCCGGGGUCUUCGCAACGCUCGGCGCAUCCGCGACAACUUGGGAACAUUAAAUUCGUAAAAUUAAAGAAAAAAAAAAUUCUUCCCGUUGUUUGCUGCCUUUAUAAUAUACCAUUUUCCUCGAGGCUCUCGAACUAAACUAGCCAUACCAAGGAAAUUCUCAUUCGUUCUACAUCACAUCUACGCAUAUGUCGACCUCUAUUAGUUGUUGACGGGAUUAAUUGGGCGGGACAAUCGGUUAUUUUAGAGCUUGAUGCGUGCGCAUCGUGUAUAUCAAAAAUUCGCACCAAAUUUUUUAAGGAACGCCUGUAAAUCUCCCAGGUGUGGGAUGUGCCAGUAUGGCACACAAUCCAGACACCGAUCAACAUAAACGAAAACGGGAUAUCUCUGAUGAUAAUGGUAGUCAAGCACCGCAUGCUGACCGCAUACCUCAACCUCCGCCUCCUCAGUCAGGCAACAUAGCUCCCAUAAAUUACCUAUCCAAAGCUCAAUCGGUCAAACUCAAACUCAUUCAGGGUGAUAGCGAUACGUUUUCUGAUGUUCUCACCCUGGUAAAUGAGUAUGAGGGCGUGUUAAAUCGACAUGAAAGUCUCGCAGCCAACCUGGGCGCGAAGCUAACAGGUACCCGCCUAUUGAAAGCAAUGGAGGGAGCUUUUGAGGGUUCGAUAACAACAACUCCGCCUCAGACAAUAUUUACUCCAGAUCCCGUCACAUGGCUUGACAUUGUUGAAUUUGCUAAGGCAAAACCUGGAGAAUUUAUUCUAACAUCCGCGCCAAAUGGCACACGCUUUUGUCAAUUUCCUCUGAAAGGUGUUCAGGUCGAAAUCGGGGAAGAUGACUGGAGGCUGAUCGUAUCUGGCGCCUUGGAUAGAUUCAGACUGGUACCACCCCAACCUUUAGAGGAGGAUGAGACGGCGGAAUUAGCAACCCUUGAAAUUGUUGAACAACGCCUACAAAUCCUGAUUAAGAAGGCGGACGAAGUGGCGCGUAAGGCUCGCCAACUUAACUACCACUUGAGCGGACGAAAGGCGUCUAUACACGCUCGUCGGUCGUCCCAAUCAACUGCAGGCCCCGGUUUUCAAGCCGUGAACCAAUCAAUCGGCACUGGGGCUAGCCCAGGUUAUGACCUACACGCCGACCUUCUCCAACAGUUUCAAGCACCCUCACAAUCCUCCAGCCAUCGAAUAUCCUCUGUCAGUUCUAUACCACCGACGCCAAAUGCAAUAGGUACUACGGCAUCGACACCAAGGGCAUCUAUCCAACAGCAAGCCUUAAUAGGGAGCAAUCGGCCGUCUCCGGGUUAUUCAGCUGAGCCAAUAGUGAGGGAUAUUGAAGAGGAGAACCGUGCCCUAGUCACAACCAAAAUUGAGAAAUUGGCGCGUGGAGAUGUCAUACACCCACCGUGUGAUAGGUGUAGAAGACUCAAGACACAAUGCAUCAAGCAUCUAACCGCCUGCCAAGGAUGCACUAAAAAGCAUGCAAGGUGUGUGUGGAAAGGACUUACGGAAGAAGAGGUGGCGUGGCUUAAAGGCGAACUUAGUGGAGAUGAUGAAGGAGAUGAGAUUAGAGAUACCGGCAGACCUAGAUUUGGGUCUCAUUCACUCCCCGAAUAUGGUGAGCUUCGGAGGGAUCUGGAACGUAGCGACGAAUCCAGCACGGGUAGAUCCGGGUCAAGAAUAGCCAUUGGCAGACCUGCGGACGAGGUAUGGAGAAAAGGACCGGAAGCGCCAGUAAGCGUCAGACAUGAAAGCAUGGAGAUAGAUCCGAGAGAUAUUCGACAGACACAAGAGUAUCCAAGAACUGAGAUACCACAUAAGUCAAUGCUUAGUCAUAUGGCCUCUGCCGCAUCAGCAGUGGCAGAUGCUGGUGCAAUCCCGCGAGGGAGUCAACGCCUCUCCGAAUGACUUGAUAUGAGAAGAUAUGAUAUCAAUGGAUUGGAUGUACAUAUUGAUGAGGGAAUCCGUACAUGCAGAUUCAUUACAAAAGGGGGGCAUUUUGAACAUUUUAUCGGGGGGGGGCGCAAUGGCUGGGAAUUCGGCUACUAUACCUUUCUCGGA